GGGCGGGCGGGGACUACACGUCCCGGCAUGCCCCGCGCGGCCCCCGCCCCCCGCCGCCAUGCUGCGCCCCAAGGCCCUCACGCAGGUGCUGAGCCAGGCCAACACCGGCGGGGUCCAGAGCACCCUGCUCCUGAACAAUGAGGGGUCCUUGCUCGCCUACUCGGGCUACGGGGACACCGAUGCCAGGGUCACCGCAGCCAUCGCCAGCAACAUCUGGGUGGCCUACGACAAGAACGGCCACCAGGCAUUCAAUGAGGACAACCUCAAGUUCAUCCUCAUGGACUGCAUGGAGGGACGUGUGGCCAUCACGCGGGUGGCCAACCUGCUGCUCUGCAUGUACGCCAAGGAGACGGUGGGAUUUGGGAUGCUGAAGGCCAAGGCACAGGCGCUGGUCCAGUACCUGGAGGAGCCGCUCACGCAAGUGGCCGCAUCCUGAGCACGGCGCUUCAGGGGCUUGGAGGUGCAAAGGCUGUUUGCUUCCAUGCCCUCACUGGUGGUGCUGGGGGGUGGUGCUGAGCAGCCUCACGGGCAUCCCGGAGCUUGGUCCUGCUUUGGUGUGGCCUUGAUAAAAAUCAAGUGGAGGGAGUAUAAGAGAUGCAGGGGCGGGGGAAUAAAAAUGCGUGUGAUGGUUC